AUGGAGAGCUGUGUAGUAGCUCUGGAGAACAAUCAUCCAAACGCACGGUCAACGCUCAUCCCGCCACGCAAGACAGACGCACGGUUGCCUGCCUUGGAGCGCCUUUACCCACCUGUGAUGUCCUUACUCACGCAGACGAACCCAGUGGCAGUGGUCUCUUUAGAAGCCAUGUCUGUUCCUCAGGAUGGCCCCCCGCCUCCUCCUGUUCUCUUACAAAUGGACACUAGGGAUGGACUGUCAGCAGAAAUGGACAGCAGGCAUUCCAGCGGAGCAGCCAGCCCGCCACCGCCGCCGUCCGCUCUUCCCUGA